AUGCCAGCAGCUGCCAGCGUCCUUGCGAUGUCUGUGCUCCUCCCGGCGGCUUCAGGUGCCAGCCUCUGCAUGGAGUUUGCAGAGGGGCGUCCCCUCAGCCGGGUGCAAGUGGCCACUUGCGACGGCAGCCUCGAGCAACAGUGGUCCUUGACGAGUCACGAUUCCCCGAACGCCUUCUUGAUUACGCCCAUGUCGUCGCCUGAGUACUGCUUGGUGGCUCCUGCUUGGCGGUCCAUGAACAAAGGAGGCGAGCUAGCCGUCGGCGCUUGUGACGACGCCUCGUGGCCGGGAAUGCUCUGGGAUUUCGACGAGGGUGCGUACCAGAUCAGGGCCAAUGGCCAGGACAACUGCGUGGACGCGGGAGACGAGUCGGUGGGUUUCCAUUUGAGGAUCCGGACUUGCAGCGACCUCUCCCAACAAAGUUGGGGCUACGAUGCAGACACGAAGACCAUCUACCUCUCCGACUCCAGGGGGCUGCAGCGCGGCGUGAGUUUAGCCAUGACGGAGCCCGUGCCACAGGGCAGUCCCCGGAGCCUCCGGGGCAGCUCUUCACCGGAGCAGGCUGGCGUGAACACCUCCAGCGACAGCCUGGGCGGGGCGCUCCGCGGGAGCAGGAUCGGGACGGCGGCGUCGCGUGCGACGGGCAGGGCGGGGAGCUCCAGGGGGCGGCGGGGUCGUUCUGCUGCGGCGACCCGGGCAGGCAGAUCGUGUGCGCGCCAGGGAGCGCCUGCGGCGAGGGGCAGGGCGGCCUGCCGAUCUGCCAGGUGCCCGGCGGCAUCGUCUGCCAGGGGGUCGGCGGCGAGCUGCGGGGCGCGGCGGGCUCGCAGUGCUGCGGCGCCAGCAGCUACCAGAUCGUGUGCGGUCCAGGAGAUCCCACUGCGCCGGGUCAGACGAGGUGCCCAUCUGCGGGGGCCCCGUCACGUGUGCUGGCAGGCUCGGCAUUCCUGUGACAGCCGCAGCGGGCUCCAUUUGCUGCGGCGACGAGGGCUACCAGAUCGCGUGCGGGCCGGGCGCGCGCUGUGGUGGGCUUCCCACGCUACCUAUCUGCUUGGCGCGGUAGGCUUCUCCCCAUCCACCCGCCACCUAUCAGGGGGAGAGGCUCUGGCGGGGGGGACGCAUCGGCCCCCCGAGCGCCCAGUCAUCGCCGAUGGGGGGGCCCGGCAGCCCGCCCCUGCCCAGGAGCGCGUGCGCACGUGCGCUCGUGCCCUCCUGUCGGUGUCCCUCACACUAGCUGGUCAACGGCCAGCAGGCCGCCUUCAGAAUUCAACGCGGGGAUUGCCCCUCCUGUGCAUCUCGUGGGGUUCCUUACAGCGGCAUGCACCCCGCUUCUCACACAACGAGAUUCCAGGGCGUCUGCCAGCUCGGCCCAGUAACAGCGAGAGCCAGCAGGCGCGAAAGCAGUGCGCAUGA